AUGCCACCACGCGCGCGUCCCCGCCAUCGACCGUUAACCGUCGCUACCGUAUGCGGAACCGCUUCGCUCAUCCUACCCACUGUCACACUCAUCCGCCUCUAUGCCAUCUCCCAACUACCCAUAUACUCUAUCAUAUACGCUGGCAUCAUCAGCGGCGUCACAUUCCUCUUCUAUGGUUACGACAAGAUGCAGGCGCGGAACCUGGAGUGGAGAGUCAAGGAAGUGACACUACAUACGUUGGCAGCAGUGGGAGGAUGGCCCGGGGCGUUGGCGGGCAUGCACUAUUUUCAACACAAGACGCGGAAGAUGAGAUUCCAGGUUGUGUUCUGGGGAAUUGUGUUGGGCUGGGAGGGUAUUGCGUGGUUGGUAUGGAGUGGUGGGGUACAAGUGGGAUGA